AUGGGUUUGCUGGGGGUAAAAGGUGGAUUCCCUUCCCUCCUCCAAGAUACAAGUGCAGGCGACUGCCUGUGCAGCGCCGCCGCCCGCGGGGACCACAAAGAGGUGAAGAAGCUGCUUCAAGCAGGCGUGGAUCCCAACGGGACCAACGCCUUUGGGAGAACCCCACUCCAGGUGAUGAUGCUGGGCAGCCCGCGGGUGGCCGAGCUGCUGCUGCGACACGGAGCCGACCCCAACCGCCCCGACCCGCGCACCGGCUGCCUCCCGGCGCACGAUGCGGCCCGCUCCGGCUUUCUGGAGACGCUAGCGGCGCUGCACCGGGCCGGGGCGCGCCUCGACCUCCCCGACGGCCGCGGCCGCCUGCCCCUCGACGUGGCGGCGGGGGGCCCGCACGGAGCGGUGGAGCGGUACCUGCGCGGUCCUCCGCCCAUUCCGGGAGCCGGGGGGGCCGCCGAGAAGCCUGCGCGCUGACCCGCCUCCGGCCGUCCAUCCCGACGCUCCUCCUGUGCGUCCCGGAGCCCUCCGGCUCCCGCUUCUGCGAGAAGACACUUGCUGAGAUUUUCUCUAUUUCCUGAGAAAAAGAGGAAAAAAUCUAAAACACAAUCAAGAUUAGCGCUCCUGCUUCUCCCUCUCGUGCUCUCCGGAGGGCAAAGCACAAGCGCCAGAUGGUUCUGUUGUGCUUUAGCGGGGAAAAAAAAUAUUAAAUGUUCACCUUUUCCUCUUUUUAUUUUUUUUACAAUAAAGCUGCUUAGAGAAGUGAGAACGCUAUGUUUCCCUUACUGGCUUGCUCACUGCCCUGCAAGGCUUUGUAUUUUAGUUAUUCCUUGAGAUCCUUUUAUGUUGUUGCUCUCCAAAAUAGUGAACAUUUUAGCCAUGUAAUUCACAAAUUUAAUUAAUCCCCAGAGCUUCUCCCCUCACCAGCCGACGCAACAUAAAGUUUUAACACCAAGAUGUAACAAUUUUAACGCUGAUCAGCAUUACAGUUUGAUAACUACAAACAUUUUGUGUAGCUGUAUUUAUGGAAAUUCGUGUGAGAAAACAACUGACAAUUGGUUACUGCAUCUUUUUUUGCAUUUGGAGACCACACGUUCUUAGAAGAUACAGACAACGAGCUUCUUAUUUUUAAGACAGCUUUUUGGGUCUCCAUAUUUGGAAACAAUAACAAAUUACUGAGUUUGUUUAUAAAUCUGGAUUUUCGCACCCUUC